GAGAGAGAGGGGGGUUGAAGAGAAAGAGUGAAACGUGUGUCACAGAGAGAGACUUAGUGAGUGAGUGAGGGAGGGUCAGGGAGUCUUGAAGAUUGUGCCAGAACUAGGAGUCUAUAGGGCAGUAGGGUGAGUGAGUCUGUGUGAGAGGAAUAAAGUGUGACACAGUAGUGUGGACAGGAGUGACGAUCGACCAACAGGAUUAUUCCAGCCUCCAGACAGACAGACAGACUGUCAGAAAGGGAAGGUCCCCUAACCGGCUUGCUCCACUCUCCAGAGAGACAGACGGUCAGACGGUGAAGAUCUCCCAAACAGCCUUGCACCAGCUCAGAAGAGGAUCGGUCUCCCUUCUAGGCUUCCAAGAGUUUGUGUGAAACAGGAAGAGGGAGAGAGGAUCAGAGAGCGAUACACAGAGGGUGUUCCCCAAGAUCUCUCAGCAGCCUUAGUCAAGCUCAGAAGCCCGCACCAUGUCGCUGCCUAUCGACCCCCAAGAGGAGCCCCGUAUGUACCAGCAGACGCUCCUUCAGGACGGCCUGGCCGACCUGCUGGAGAACGACAAGUUCGUGGACUGCACCCUCAAGGUCAAAGGCCGCGAGUUCCCGUGCCAUCGCCUUGUUCUCGCCGCAUGCAGCUCCUACUUCAGGGCCUUCUUCCAAUCAGAUGUGGAGGAGAGCCGUAAGCGUGAGGUGGUGUUUGACGAGGUGGAGCCGGGGGUGAUGGGGAUGAUCUUGCGCUACCUCUACACCUCCUCCAUCAACGUCACCGAGCAGAACGUGCAGGACGUCUUUGCCGUGGCCAACAUGCUGCAGAUCCCCUCCAUAUUCACUGUCUGUGUCUCCUUCCUACAGAAACGCCUGAGCCUCAGUAACUGCCUGGCGAUAUUCCGCCUCGGUCUGAUGCUGGACUGCCCGCGUCUCGCCAUCGCCGCGCGGAACUUCGCGUGCGAGCGUUUCCAGCUGAUCUCCCGCGACGCCGAGUUCUACCAGCUGACGCCGAGCGAGCUGGCGGCCGUGCUCUCGGCUGACAACCUCAAUGUGGAGAGCGAAGAUAAGGUGUUUGAGUGUGUGAUGUCGUGGGUGGAGAAGGACGAGGAGGCUCGCAUAGAGGAGCUGCCUGGACUGCUGGACUGCAUCCGCUUCCGUCUCAUCCCACAGGACUACUUUAAGGAGUGGGUCGAGGUGCACCCCUUGCUACAGGACAAUGCAGAGGUGGCCAAGAAACUGCAACUGGUCCGGGACGCUCACCAGGGGAAACUUCCGGAACCGGAGAAGAUCAUCAGCAAGAAGAAGGAGAAGGAGGAGGGAGGAGGAGAGAAGAAGGAGGGGGAGGAGGAGGGAGCAGAGGGAGAGCAAGAGCAAGAGGAGGAGAUCAGUUUGCUACCUAGUGUGCUGAAUGAUAACCUGAGAUAUGGCAUGUUCCUUAGAGACCUGCUCUUCAUGAUAAGUGAAACAGGCUCGGUGGCAUAUGACCCUGCUGGUAACGACUGCUUUGUGGCGGCCAUCUCCACCCAGAUCCCCAAGAACCACUGCAGCCUGGUGACACGCGAGAACCAGAUCUUUAUCGCCGGGGGGAUCUUCUUCGACGAGCAGAACAAGGAGCAGCCCAUACACUCCUACUUCAUGCAGUAUGACCCAAUGACGUCUGAUUGGCUGGGUAUGCCGCCGGUGCCCUCCGCCCGUUUCCUCUUCUCCAUGGGGGAGGCGGAGAACUCCAUCUUCAUCGUGGGGGGCAAGGAGCUGAAGGAGGGAGAGCACAUACUGGACUCGGUCAUGGUCUACGACCGACAGUCGUUUAAGUGGGGUGAGUCUGACCCCCUGCCGUAUAAGGUCUACGGCCACUCCAUUGUGUCUCAUGAGGACGUCGUCUACGUGAUUGGAGGGAAAGGAGAGGACAAGAAGUGCCUGAAGAGGGUGUGUUGCUAUGAUGCCAAGAAGUUUGAGUGGCGGGAGCUUGCUCCAAUGGCGACGGCCCGUUCCCUGUUUGGCUGCACCCUCUACAAGAACAAGAUCUACGUGGCUGCUGGAGUCACGGAUACGGGACUCACAGACUCUGUGGAGGUCUACGACAUCGCCACCAACAAGUGGUCUUCGUUCCUGGAGUUUCCCCAAGAGAGAAGUUCCUUAUCGCUGGCGGUGCAUGAGGGCAACCUGUACGGUGUGGGAGGCUUUGCUAUGAUACCGCAGGAGGACAGCGAGGAACUGAUGCCCAUGGAGAUGACAGAUAUCUGGAGGUACGAUGAGGGCGAGAGGAAGUGGAAGGGCAUCUUGAGGGAGAUCCAGUACGCAUCAGGAGCCACCAUACAGGGAGUCAAGCUCAACACACUACGGCUCACCAAGAUGUAAUCUGCAGUGGCACACUCUGGUGGAGAAUGGUGUUAUUGCAGGACUUCACAAACAGCACAGACAAUAUAACACUUUUGGUGACUGAGUUUCAGCUCUGCACAACUACAGCACAGACAAUCAAACCCGUUUGGCCACUGUGCUACAGUUCACAACUACAGAGCAAGCAAACCCCUUUGGUCACUCUAGUCCACUACAGUUCACAACUACAGAACUGUCAAACUCCUUGACCCCCGUAGGUUUCAACUCGCCCAAUCUAUUGCUGUAGAAACAAACUCUGCCAAAAAGCCUCCACUGCCAAACUCCAAA